AUGUCAGAAAGUGCGCGAUCUCGCAAACGGGACCUCAAUGCCAGUCAAAAAACCCAGGAUGGCUACAAUAACAAUUGUGAUGAGCCUGAUGAAUGCACUUUUAAAACCCGGCGUACUGAUCAACUCGUAGAUUGCAACAAUUCUGAUGUACUUGAGAAUUGGAUCCGAAAUCUUUCCAAAAAAUACCCUCUAAACCACUCCUCCAACCAUAACAGUAAUCCUAACAAUACGAUAUCACUCGAAGUCGAGAUUAGGGGACUUAUUAAGUUUGUGGAGAAAAUGGUAGAGCAGAAGACUCAAAAGAUCGUCACCGAAAAUAAAUUUUUAUCUACAUUAGUGAAAUCGCAGCAAGAAACUAUCAGGCGCUUGCAGGAUUGGGAAAGGAUCGCCAAUUGCUAUCUACAGGAGCGAAAUGUUCUCAAGGCGGAGCUCAACGAUCUUAAGGAAUCUAUCGCACAUGCUUUUGUCAAGCCAAAGGCCAACCAACCUCCAAACAAGUCGCCCUUUCUUCACCGCCCUCCCCCUGACAUAUUCUAA